AUGCCCUUCGUACAAUCAGGCCGCCAUAAUCUGCACUACGCCGACUCCCAUCCAUCCGGCCCACCAACUCCCACGGGCCUCACAUUCAUCUUCAUCCACGGACUGGGCUCUUCACAAAAUUACUAUUUCCCCGUCAUCCACCACCUGACAGCCUCUCAUCGUUGCAUCACACUCGACACGUAUGGCGCCGCUCGUUCACCGUUCACCGGGGACCAGAUCUCCAUCAACAGCAUCGCGGACGACGUCCUGGGCGUGCUGGAUGCCCUGCAUGUGACCAAGGCGGUACUGGUUGGUCAUUCCAUGGGCGGGCUCGUUGUGAUCGAGCUGGGCGUCAGAUAUCCUGAUCGUGUUGUGGGAAUUGUCGCGAUUGGACCUACUCAUCCAUCUGAUACGCUCGUGGGGGCGAUGAACAGUCGGGUGGGCAAGGUCACAGAAGCCGGCAUGGAACCCAUGGCCAAUACAAUUCCCUCCGCUGCCGUCGGUUCUCGCAGCACGCCACUACAACGGGCCUUUAUCCGCGAACUUCUCCUGGGCCAGGAUGCCAACGGCUACAUCGCUCUGUGUGGAGCGAUUUCGAGUGCCCGUGUGCCGGAGUACUCUGCUGUUCAUGCGCCGUUUUUGCUGAUCGCCGGAGAGGAGGACAAAUCUGCGGCGAUGGAGGGAUGUCAGUAUAUUCUUGCGCAUGUGGGGAGUCAAAGCAAGCGGAUGGAGGUUCUAUCGGGGGUGGGACAUUGGCAUUGCAUUGAGGCGCCGGAGGAGGUUGGGCGGUUGAUUGGGUCUUUUGCGGGGGAAUUGUCCUGA